CAACAACACCAUGAAGCUGACGAGGCAGAGAAGAGUCUCUCCACAUCAGAACACCUCAAGAAACACCAGCUGAGACCCACAGGGAAGAAAUCUCACCACUGCUCUGACUUUAGAAAGAGUUACUCAAGAUCAUAUUCACUAAAAGUACACCAGAGAAUUCACACAGGAGAGAGAACAUAUCGCUGUAAUCAAUGUGGAAAGAGGUUUGCUCACUUAAAAACACUGGUAUUACACCUGAGAAUACACACUGGGGAGAAAUGUCACAGCUGCUCUGAUUGUGGGAAGAGAUGCACCUCUUUAGUAACCCUUAAAAUACAUCAAAGAAUCCAUACAGGAGAGAAACCUUUUUGCUGCUCUGACUGUGGGAAGAGUUUUUCUUGGUCAGGACAUUUAAAGUCACACCAGAGAAUACACACGGGAGAGAAACCUUAUAGCUGUGACCAAUGUGGGAAGAGUUUUACUCAGUCAAACAACCUGAUAUCACACCAGAGAACACACACAGGCGAGAAGCCUUACCACUGCUCUGACUGCGGUAAGAGUUUCUCAAGAAUAGAUACACUAAAAGUACACCAGAGAAUCCAUACAGGAGAGAAACGCUAUUGCUGCUCUGACUGUGGGAGGAGAUUUUUUUGGUCAGGACAUUUAAAAUCACACCAGCGAAGACACACUGGAGAGAAGCCUUAUAGCUGUGAUCAAUGUGGGAAGACUUUUACUCAGUCGAGCAACCUGAUAGCACACCGGAGAACACACACAAGAGAGAAAUAUCACAGCUGCUCUGAUUGUGGGAAGAGAUGUACCUCUUUAGUAACCCUCAAAAUACAUGAGAGAAUCCAUACAGGAGCGAAAUGUUAUAGCUGUGACCAAUGUGGGAAGAGUUUUACUCAGUCAAACAACCUGAUAUCACACCAGAGAACACAUACAGGGGAGAAGCCGUACCACUGUUCUGACUGCGGGAAGAGUUUCUCCAGAUCAGAUUCUCUAAAAAGACACCGGAGAACACACACAGGCGAGAAAUCUCAUAGCUGUGAACAAUGUGACAAGAGAUACUCUGAUAAAAGAUCUCUGAUUAAACAUCAGAAAAUUCAUACAUGAAGGAGUUGUUCCAUGAUAUCAAUGAAAUGAUGUCACAAUGUAAAUCAAAUCAAAUUACAGGAUUACAGUAGAUUGUUUUUAACAGUGUAGUAGGAGUAUUCUAAUGAUGUCAUAAUGUAGAUAUGACAUACAUGAUAUCAAUGAAAUAAUAAUGAGUAUUUUAAUGAUGUUCUAUUGAUUUCAGUGGAACAUGGAUAUUAUAUAGCCUGAUAGCCUCAUCAGGGGAAAAAUCCAGGUUCUGAAUUGAAAGAUUACUAUUUAACAAAAAUAGUGUUGCGUUUACACUUACCUUAUUGGUGACCCACUUGAAUAAAAAUGCAACACAUCAAACUGUAGUUGUUUGCUACUAAUUUUUGUGUAACCGGUGAUGUACAAAUUAUUCCCAGAUUCCUUGUGGUUUUUGAUCUGUUAGUUUUAACAGGACGUC